AUGCGUGGUGUUUUCAGUUCGAUGGGUGCUGCGGCGUUGUUGCUGCAAGCUGCCUCGUGGUGUAUCGGCUCGGUUGACGCUGCUCUUCCGGUCGUAACGGAGGUUGUGAGCGGCACGAUCUUCCGCAAGUCGAGCUACGUGACGGUGGACCAGUACACGUUGACUAUCAAGCCGUCCACAGCCAUCGUGGAGAUCAACUUGCUGUCCAUGGAGACGGCAGACAACGCGACGUUCUCGGACGUCAACUCGGACUGCGACUCGGCCUUCAUCGACCCGCACAUCUUCCUGUUCAAGAAGCUCACGGACGGCUCGCUCUCGCUUGUGGCGAGUAACGACGAUGCUGGCGACGACAACGCCGCGUACUACAGCCGAGGAACCACAGACGGCUCCGUUACGGCUGAAGACUCGUACCUGAUCCAGCGACUGAGCUCUGGUACCUACGUGCUCGCCGUUGGUCGGUAUCCGCUGACCGCUGCCGCUGCAGCUGCGGGCAAAAGCACCGACAACGUCAACGACUUCACCCCGUACACGUGCAUGGCUCGGAAGGCCAGCUACGGCAACUACAAGAUCACCAUGCGCACCCAGUCCUCGUCAACUUCCAAUGUCAUCACCAAGAAGACCAACUCGUACGUGGGCAACAGCUGCAACGUCGCUGCCUCCGUCGCAACCGAGUGCGUCUACGAGCUGCCCGCAGACAUCGGCAGCGACAUCCUCAAGACCUGCAGCUACGACAAGACCAUUUACUAA